AUACAAUGCUGUGGUGAGAAUAACAAUUCGUAAAUUUGGAAAAUUCAAAUGCCCAGAGAGAAACACAGAACUCCCCAAAAGGCGGCUAGUGACUUUCCCUUUGGGACUCCUCGGGAAAGCGGAGAGAGAGAGAGAGUGGAUGGGGAGCGAAGUUGCCUGGCGAUGCGCCGGAUUUUGUUUAUUCGAUACCCCGCGAAAAUUCCCCCCGUAUAAGAAGUGGCGCUGGGACGCGAGUGAAAUAGUUCCACACGGAAGGCCGACGCUCGCGGACGCCGCGCUGGUGAGAUGGAGGAGCUGCGCGACGCCAGCAUCCACCACACCGCCCUCAAGCUCAGCAGUGACAUCAAGACGAUGAAGAUCUACGACAACCUGUACAAGAUGGUGCAGAAGCUCGCGUGCUCGCCGGAUGUGGACAAGAACGACAUGAAGACGACUCUGGAGAGCGCCAUCAAGAGCACGGGUCUGGACACGGAGAUCCGGAACCUCAUCUACCACCUGAUCAGGAACUCCAUCCGCGCGGAUGUGCGUUCCACGACGUCCUCGUCACACGAUCCGCUCAACUACCUGCGGCGCGCGGGCAUUCAGUGGGAGAGGCGCGUGAAGAGGAGCCUCACGGCGAUGUGUGCCGAGCUGAAGGUGCCGCUGCAGGGACAGACGCGCAUCCUGGCGGACAGGGAAGAGCUGGCGACCAAGUGGGAGGAGCUGAGCAAUUACCAGGUUGAUCUGUCCAAUUACCGCCCGGUUUAUGCGCCCAAAGACCUGCUGGAAGUGCUGCUAUCUCUCAAGGGCCCCACGAAGCACGAGGAGGACGAGUUUCUGCCGCGCUGGGAGUUCUCGCACAUCGCGCUGCCCGUGAAGAAUCUCUUCGAGCUGCGCGUCCACUUCGGCGAUCUCCUGCGCCACGACGUCGGCGUGGCCGAGUGGACGGCGCAGUGCCACAAGGUGCUGGCACUCCGCCACGCGCCCGUAUGCCAGCAGGUGCUCCGCAAGGGCUGCACGCCGGCGCCGGUGCGCGGCCAGCUGUGGGCCUUCGUGCUGGGCAGCCACAUCGACGCACACCACGGCGAGCACUGGGACGCGCUCAAGAGCACCGUGAUGACCACGGACCUCAUCGUGGACAAGCUGGUGUUCAAGGACGUCCAGCUCACCGCCACCAACGAUGACCAGUACUUCGUGUUCGAGGACGUCCUGUACCAGGUGAUGCUGUGCUUCUCACGCGACGCCGAGAUUGCACAGCUUCUCAGCGGCGACUCGAGUGCCGCCGGCACGCCGAAGAGCGGGAAGCAAUUCGAGGGGCCGCCGUGCGGCAUUGUGCCUCACCAUGGCAUCUGUAUGUUCGCGGCGCCCUUCUGCUACCUGUACGACUCGCCAGUGAAGCUCUACUUUACCUUCCGCGCCUUCUACGUGCGCUACUGCCAUCGCCUGACCACCAUCAACACCCAUCCGCAGGGCAUCGUGAGUCUCUGCCUGCUGUACGAGAAGCUGCUGCAGACGCACGAGCCGCAGCUCUGGUCGCACUUCCGCGAGCUCCAAAUUCAACCGAUUCGCGUGGUGUUCAAGUGGCUGAUGCGCGCCUUCAGUGGCCAUUUGCCACCGCAGCAGCUGCUGAUCCUCUGGGAUUUGGUGCUGGGCUUCGACAGCCUCGAGAUCCUCUCCCUGCUGGCCGUGAUAAUUCUCAGCUUCCGCAAGGAGUCGCUCAUGCAAGUGUCUUACAUCGAGAACAUCGAGGCUGUGCUGGCCGAUCUCUCCUCCAUUAAGGUUCUCCCGCUGAUCCAACUCGCCCUCAGUCGGGAUUAGAGCCAGUGUGAUUCCGUUG